AUGGGGAAGGCACAAUCUAAGCUUUCGUCAGAGGAGCUGGCAGAACUGCAGAAGAACACAUACUUUGACAAGAAGGAGUUGCAGCAAUGGUACAAAGGCUUCCUCAAGGACUGCCCAGGCGGUCAAUUGAACAAAGAGGAGUUCAAGAAGAUCUACCGCCAAUUCUUCCCCUUCGGUGAUCCGUCUCAAUUCGCCGACUACGUGUUUAACGUGUUCGACGAGGACAAGUCGGGGACUAUAGAGUUCAAGGAAUUCAUUUGCGCCUUAUCAGUGACCAGCCGAGGAAGACUCGACGAGAAGCUGAAGUGGGCGUUCCAGCUGUACGACAUCAACCAGGACGGUUUCAUCACCUACGACGAAAUGCUCGCGAUCGUACGGAGUAUCUACAAGAUGACGGGUCAGAUGGUACGGCUGCCAGAGGAUGAGGAUACGCCCGAGAAGCGCGUGGACAAGAUCUUCCGCAACAUGGACCUCAACAAGGACGCCAAGCUCACAUUCGAUGAGUUCAAGGAGGGGUCCAAGCUCGACCCGACUAUCGUUCAGGCUCUGUCGCUCUAUGACGGUCUCGUCUAG